UGUCAAAUAAAUUUAUAUUUACUCGUGAAAAUGAAAAUGUAAACUUUUUUAAAACACAAAAAACAUCUUUAAAAUUAUUUAAAUUGGAUAAAUAACAUUAAUUUAAUACAAUGGCCGUCCCGACACGGCUCUUCGUUGGAAAUUUACCAGACAUCACCGUAGAGGAUGACUUGAAGACUGCAUUUGGUUCAUUUGGCGAAAUCACCAACAUUGACUUGAAAUCUAAACCUGGAGAUCAAAAUAAAUCUAAUAAAUUCGCUUUUAUUUCUAUUUGUGCGUCCAAUGCCAACAUAGAGUCAUGUAUACAACACUUCCAGUCGGUGGAGUUCAAAGGGAGCAAGGUGUACGUGACGCGCGCGCGGGAGAGCUUCCUGGAGCGGCUGCAGCGUGAGCGCCAGCAAGUACAAAUAAAGGAAGAGGCUAAAAAAGCUCCAAGAGAAUUGCCGAAAACAAAUCCUACUAUAAAAUUGAAUGAAAAUUUGAACCCAAGAAAGAGAAGAUUGGACCACCCCAAAGUCCAUAUUGCUUCACCAACUGUUGUAAACACUGAAAAACCUGUAGAGAAACAUGAAAAUGAUCAUGUGGAGGUCACUUCAGACAGGAAAAAGAAGAAUGACUCUGACAAAAAAAGGUUAGAAUCUUUAAAGAAAAAAAGACAGGAGUUUAAUGAGAAACGGUUGAUAAUAAAAACAGGGCUGGUAGGAAUUGACAAAGUAGCUAACAAGAAGACAAGAUUCUCAGAUGACGAAGAAGAUUACUCAACAGUCAAUGGAAAUAGCAAUACCAACAACAAACCAACCAAUAGCAAGGGCAAAGCCCAGGCUCUGUUUGAUGAUGAUGACAGUGAUAAUGAAGUCAACUUUGAAAUCAAAGAACAAUUUGAAGGGAAGAAAGGGCAAAAGGUUUUGGAACUUCAAUCAAAAUUCAAAUCAGACAAGCGUUUUGUAAUGGACAAACGCUUCAUUGACAAUGAUGAAGAUGAUGAUGAUGAGGACCAGCAAGCUGCAGUCAAUGGCCAUCAGGAACAAGAUGAUGAGAUCACUGUUGGUCAGAGUGAUGAGAAAGCUAAACAGCUGAAUAUUUUACAAGAUGUCCUUGGUAUAGCUAUAAAGUCCCAUUCUUCUGACCCUGAUAAGGAAAAGAAAAAGUCAAGAUCAAAUCUUGGAAUGCUCAGGUUUGACCCAAUGCACCCAGACCAUGCCAAGUUUCUAGCUCCAGUUGAAGAACAAAAGCAAGACCUUACCAAAAAAUCUAAAAAGAAAAAAAACAAAGGUGAAGAGACAGAAGAAACUCCCCAACCAGAGCCUGAGAAGAUUGAGGUAUCGAAAGAACAGUUCUACACAGUCACAGACACUUUAAAGGAAGCUAUUAAACAGCCCAAUACAUUCAGUUUGAGAAGUUUGUUCAAAACAUCAGAACAGGAAGAUGGUAGUAGCAUAGACAAACAAGAUCAAGAGGAUGGUUACACUCCCCUGGAGAAGAAAAAAGAAUCCAAAAUAAAAAAUCCCUUAGAACCAGGUGAAAGGAACCCUUUCCAGUAUGAUUCAUCAGACUCGGAGCCUGAAGAUGAGGUUGAGAAAUCAGAAACUAAGCCAGAACAGUCUCAAGAUGUGAAAGCUGUCUGGAAAGAGGACUUCUUCUUUUCACCAAAUGAUAAGCGAUUAGAAGAGGGAGUGGCAUUUUUCCUCAACUCAAGUGGAAAUGAAGUACAAAAAGAUAGAAGGGAACUGAAGACACUAAUGAAGAAGAGAUUGUACAAGAAAGACAGGAGGGAACAAAGUCAAAUGUUCAAAAAGAAAAUUGGUGGCAAAAGAAAUUCAAAUAAUAAAAAUUUCAGGAGAAAAACAUGAUACGUGGAAAAUUCUAAAUAAAUUUCUAUUGUAUGAUA